AUGGAAUUUUGUAAUAUUGGUGUUUUGUUAAGAUCUAAAUCUCACCGUCAAAUAAUAUUUUGUUUUCGCUUCCCAUUUGUCAAUUAUCUGAGAAGAAGGUCACAUAACCAAGCAUGUCAAAACACCGGCUAUAGAAUUUAUGCUUUUGGCCUAUCAGAACAUGGAGCACUGGGACUGCAUAACGAUCAAAGUAAAAAGUUGAAAAAGUCUAUUUUAAAACCAGUGAGACAUGCUUUUGCUGAACAAAAAACUGUAACUAAUGUGGCUUCAGGGUAUGGGUUUACAGCCAUAUCUGUUUCUUCUAAAGACACCACCAAGGUUUAUGGCUGUGGAAUAAAUACUGAUUUUCAAAUAGGCUAUCAUCUUUCAGCACAACAAAAACCUUUGGAAAUAAUCCUGAAACCUAUACCCAUUAAUAUUGGUUUGAAAAAUCCCAGCACUGAAGUUAUUGCCAUUUCUGCAGGUAGAGCCCACUUAGCUGUUUUGACUGAUAAAGAAGGGGUAUUUUUAUUAGGAUCUAACAACUAUGGACAAUGUGGAAGAGAGGUAAUACCCGAUGAUAAAUUGCAUGGGAGCUGUAUGGUUAACAGGAUACCAUGUCUCGGUAAUGAAGCUAUAUGUGAUGUUGUUUGUGGACAAGAUCAUACGUUAUUUCUAACCACUGAGGGAAAAGUAUGGGCAUGUGGUUGGGGAGCUGAUGGUCAAACUGGCCAGGGUAAUACUGAUAUAAUUUAUCAGCCUACUCAAAUUCGGGGAGAAAUGGAAGACGAAAAAAUAAUUAAAAUUGCUUCCCGAAGUGACACUGUUUUAGCAUUAAAUUGUAAAGGUGAAGUGUUUGGCUGGGGAAGUAGUGAAUAUGGACAGUUAAGUGAUGAUAAGGACACUCAUCAACUCAAUUGUCCUGCUCUAUUAAAGAAGCUCAGUUGUGUUGGCAAAAUUAUUGAUAUUGCUGCAGGAGGUUCUUUUUGUGCAGUACUAUCUGAAUCUGGAGAAGUGUUCGUUUGGGGAUAUGGUAUUUUAGGCUGCGGUCCAGCGUUACAGAAAUCAGAUAAUCCUGUAAUGAUACCCAAAACUCUAUUUGGUUGUAAUGUAUACCAGCCAGAUGUUAAAGUAUGCUCUAUUUCCUGUGGGCUUAGCCACCUGGCUGCUAUUAAUAGUUGCUGUCAUUUGUACAUUUGGGGUCGUAAUAGGUAUGGAUGCUUAGGUAUUGGACACCAACGAGACCAAUUCUUUCCUUAUAAAGUUGCAUUUUCUGCUCUUGCCAGAAAAGUCAGCUGUGGAUUAGACCAUACUAUGGUGUUAUGUUAUGCUUAUGAUAAAUAA